GUUUAUGAUUAUUUAUAUUAAUAUGAUUAUAUAGAGUGUAAGGUUUCUGAUUAUUUAUAUGAUUAUAUAGAGUCCUGUACAUAUUAAGAAUUAUUAUUAAAUAUGAGGUUUAUAUUGCAAACCAUUAAAAUAUUGUUAAGUUAUAAAUUCAACAGUUGACAAAUGUCGUCAAUAGAUGUCACAGGCUAACAAAAUUACAUCGCGGUAGCGUUGUGUGUAAAAAUUUGUAUAAGAAGUCCAAAGUAAUUAUGAAUAAAUCAAGAACCAAACGCAUCAAUGUAAAAUUGGCAGAUUAAAGCAAAGUGUGAACAAAGUUAGCCUGUUUAAUUUAUAUGUCUGACACCCAAAAGGUCAGAAGCGGGAUAAAUAAGGCUCUAGAAAACUAACCUUACUACGCCCACGGAUCGGUAAAACUUACGCUCAUCAUCUGUGACGUGGAGGACGACACUAGCCGAGGAGAAGGGUCUGGUGCUCGGCUAGUAAGAGGAAGUGGCUUAAUGAUAAAAGGAGCCCAUGUGCUUAGUCGAGGGGAAGGACUAACACAUAGGGAAUGACCAAGGAGCAUCCGAGGCUGAGGAUGUAGGUCACAUGUGCUUAGUCGAGGGGAAGGGCUAACACAUGGGAGUGACCAAGGAGCAUCCAAGGCUGAGGGUGUAGGUCAACAGGGAAGGAUUGGGAGGAUGAGCUCGCGGAUAGAGCAAGGAGCAUCCGAGGUUAGGAUGUAGGGUCCAUGUGCUUAGUCGAGGGGAAGGACUAACACAUGGGAGUGACCAAGGAGCAUCCGAGGUUAAGGAUGUAGGUCAACAGGAAAGGAUUAGGAGGAUGUGCUCGAGGAUAGAGCAUGGAGCAUCCGAGGUUGAGGAUGUAGGGCGACAGGAAAGAAUUAGAAGGAGGAGCUCGAGCAUAGAGCAAUAUGUAACAUUUGAUAAAAUGGACAAGGACACGAUGAUUCGAAGAGAACGGUUGCGUGGAAAGCGAUCGAGUGAACGACGAUCGCGUAAGCAGCGGUCGAGCAGGCAACAAUCAAGCGGCUCUGAUGACAGGGACGAAUACGAAAGAAGGAGAUGGAAAACAAGGACAAGGACAGGACAGAGGAGACGGCAUGUGUCUUCCUCUUCAGGAUCUGAUAUGGGGUCACCGCAGCUUCCGCGCAAGGUUGAGCGUGGUAAGGAGGACGACGGUUCAGAUACAAAGGUAUUAGUAGAUAAAUUCUUGAAUAUUCUUGACAAAAUAAAAGGUUCAGAUAAGCCCAAACUUACGUUCAACACAAAUGUUAUCCCCGAAUUUGACCCAAUGGCAAAGGAACAAACUAUCCUUACUUGGCUGACGAAAGUGGAAGAAUGAGCUCACAUAUAUGGGUGGGAAGACAGGGAAAUUAUCCACUAUUCCUUGCCCAAGCUUUCUGGUGUCGCUAAAACUUGGUAUCAGGGCUUAUCUAGCCUAUUAUUUUACAUGGACUGAGUGGAAACAAAAACUUAUAGAAUCUUUUCCCCAAAGCGAGAACUAUGCUGAGUUAUUGCAUAAAAUGUUAGCAAAAACAGUUAGAUACGGUGAGUCGUUUGAACAUUACUAUCAUGCGAAAAUGAACUUGUUAAAUCGUUGCAAAAUUUAUGGCAAGGAAGUGGUAGACUGUUUGCUGUACGGGGUUGAAGAUCGUGCCGUUAAAGUGGGUGCUCAAGCCGCUCAAUUUAAGCAACCUGAGCAAGUGCUCAAAUACUUUAGAACCGUGAAGGUAGGCAAAGUUCGUGACUCCAUUAACGAUGCCAACCUGAAAAAAACAAAUCAAUCUGGCACGAGCAGGGCGGGCCCUAGUAAUAACGGAAUCCGUUGCUUCAAUUGCAACGAAAUAGGUCACCCUAGCUUUAAAUGUACAAAACUUAUCGCGAAGUGUACGACCUGCGGGAGGAUUGGUCAUUAGGCGAUUAACUGUUUAAAAAAAUAAAACUCCGAUUAAUAAAGACGAUAGUCAGGCCUUAGAUAAAAAUAAUGAACAAAAACAAGUAUCUAAUGUAACUGGCGAUGAUAGUGCUAUUGAUAAAUAUAUACUGGAUAUAAAGAUUAACAACUCAGGGGUCAAGUGUCAUGUAGAUUUAGGGAGUCAAUGCUCGUUAAUUAGACAGAGUACCGCUAAGGAGUUGAACCUGAAUAUCGAUGUGAGGGAAGGUAUGCCGGUAUUAAGAGGAAUAGGAGGAAACCUGACUUGCCCUUUAGGUGUAGCUACCGUGAGUGUAGAAGUUCAAGGGUUAAAAAAAACUAUUGAAAUAUAUGUAGUAGAAGAUUAUGUACUAAGUUACUCUGCAUUACUUGGACAUUCCUUUACAGAGAAGCCUGAUAUUAUAAUGACUAAAACGCCGACUAAGAUCGUAUUUGAAAGACUCGCGUGUACUAAAAUAAGACUCAUAGUGGAAGAUGACACGGAAAUAGAUGGUAACGUUGUACGUCCCAUAAUUGUUAAUGCUGAUGGGCAGGGAAACGGUAGCAUCUACGUCCAUGGCUCGUUAAGGGGUGCUGAAGGAAAAGAGUACUAUCUUUUUCCCGGUACGUACGAGAUAAAAGACAGCCGCACAGCGCUUUUAAUUUAUAAUGCCUCGUCAAACAAGGUUUGUAUAAAGAAGGACACUCUCUUAACACGAGCACUGCGUAAUACGCAUCCAACACCUUUUUUCCAAUCUUGUAGCGUUCUUACCGAUAGGGGACUGGAUGAAGAGAUCAGUUGCAAUCCUGAGCUAACAAAACAGCAGCCCGAAGAACUACAAAAGUUAUUAUUUCAGCAUAGCGAUUGCUUCUCAAGUGGGCUCAAGGACCUUGGGUUUACCAACAUCACUGAGAUGGUUAUCGACCUUAACGACACGGAACCAGUCGUGUAUCGCCCAUGCCGUAUGUCACAUACUGAGCGACAAUUAGUAAGAGACAUGGUUAAGGAGAUGGUAGAUAAUGGUAGAGCUAGGGAGUCAUCUUCAUCAUAUGCCAGUCCUAUAGUCCUGGUACAAAAAAAAGAAUAGUGAGAAACGAUUGUAUGUGGACUAUCGAGCUCUAAACAGAAAGCCCAAAAAGGAACACUACCCCCUACCAAGAGUCGAGGAUCAGUUGGACCUAUUAU